AGCUACGUGCUCUGUAUCUUCCAAGAGCUAAUUCAAGUAUCAAUACUUCUCCAAUCUUUAAUCCUAACGCAAAAGGAAACUUUUACCCUAUACCUAAAUUCGUAUCUAUAAAAAAGGAAACUUUUCAUCACAACUCCCUCACAAACCCUCGGAUAAAUUUCCCUCAAGUCUCUCUGAAACUCGCCUUCGUUAUUCUUUGUGGCUUCAAUGGAGUGGUUUCGUGGAGAAACAAUCGGAUACGGCACGUUUUCCACUGUCAGUCUAGCGACGCCGUCUAAUAUCAAAGGCUCCGGCGAGUACCCGUCACUCAUGGCAGUCAAAUCUUCUAACUCUUACGGUGGAAUCGCGAACGAGAAGUCGGUUUUGGAUUCACUUGGCGACUGCCCUGAGAUCGUACGAUGUUUCGGCGAAGAUCAGACGGUGGAGAAAGGCGAGAAGUUGCAUAACUUGCUACUCGAGUACGCUUCGAGAGGAAGCUUAGCGUCUCAACUUAAGAAACUAAACGGUGAGGGUUUACCGGAAACCACCGUGCGCCGCCACACAGGAACCGUGCUCAGAGGGUUACGUCACAUCCACUCUAGUGGGUUCGCUCACUGCGAUAUAAAACUAGAGAAUAUUCUGUUAUUCGGCGACGGCGCCGUUAAAAUUGCGGAUUUCGGAUUGGCGAGAGAUUUAACGGCGUCAAAAGAAGGCGGGGAGAUACGAGGGACGCCGUUAUAUAUGGCCCCGGAAUCCGUUAACGAUAACGAGUACGGAGCAGCUGCUGACGUGUGGGCGUUAGGAUGCGCUGUAGUUGAGAUGUUUAGCGGCGAAACGGCGUGGACUGUUGAAGAAGGAUCGCACUUCAUGUCGUUUUUGUUACGAAUCGGUGUCGGGGAGGAGUUGCCGAGGGUUCCAGAGGAGUUGUCGGGAGAAGGAAAAGACUUCUUGUCGAAGUGUUUCGUUAAAGAUCCCGAGAAAAGAUGGACGGCUGAGAUGCUUUUGAACCAUCCGUUCGUGGCCGUUGAUUGUGAAGAUGAUGAUUAUGAUCAACGAGACGAGUUAUUUUUGAAGGGGAAGGACGAAGUAUCGAAGUCACCGAGAUGCCCGUUCGGAUUUCCUGACUGGGAAUCUACGUCGUCCGAGUCAGAGAUUCAAUAUCAGCCGUUGGAUUCUCCGGUGGAGAGAUUGGCGAGCCUGGUUAGUGAAAGGGUACCUGAUUGGUCUGUCUCCGAAGACUGGGUCACCGUACGGUGACGAAAGUGAGAAGAAAGCAGGGGAAAAACAGGGUUGUUGACACAAGGCUAGGUUAUUUUUUAUAAACCUAGUUAGAUCCUUAUUUAACGAUUUUUAUUCAUAUUUUACAUUACAUGUAAUGUGUUUGUUUAUAUGAUUCAUUGUAGUCUUACGUAUUAUUGAUUUGUUUUUUUUUAUCAUAAUCCAUACAUCAAAA